UGCCAAAAUCAAUUUUUAGCGGAAAAAAUGAAUUCGUACUAAUCCAAAAUGUCGGGCAAAAGAGAUUCAAGUAGCUCCUCACAAGGAAGCUCGGGAUUCUACACACUUCCACUACAAAAUUAUUUCCUUUUUCUAACAUCCAAAUAUAGAAAGAUAGAACUGUCAGACAUCAUCUGCUCAAUUUUUCGACCUUCAAUGGCGGAAACAACACCAUAACCUAAAUUCAACAACCGAAAAUCAUCCAAUUUCAUCAAAUUCCUCUCAAAGAUGUUCUUCAAUGGCGUAAUUCAAAGAAAAUUGACCUCUCUUCUUCGACAAUGGCUUGCGCAAGAACCAGAAUUAGAAGUCAAAUUAGGGUUCUUCCGCUCUGUAAUUGUUGCGAAGAAUCUCAAAUUCGACGUUUCCGCCAUUAAUGAUCUAAUUGAAGGUGGUGGUGGAGAGUUCAGCUUGUUGUUUAGAAGUGUAACGGUUGAUGAGGUUAUCAUUCGUGUUGCGCAUUGGUCUGCUCCUGCUUUCACUGUCGAAGUUAGUGGUGUUAAUGUCACUCUUUUUCUCCAGAAACGAGUUAUUAAAAGAGUGGAACAAUCUGUUGAUGAUUAUCUAAAGGAGAGGAAGAAGAAGAUUCUUGCUGAAAUUGAUCAUACUGGGAGCACGUUGCAUGACAAUAUUGAGAACGUGAUGAUGACUGCUACUUCAAAAAGCAAGCUUAAGGACUCCAUAACAAAUCUAUUAUUGAUGCAUUGCUGUUUACAUCUUCAUGAUGCACUAAUUCGAGUUGAAUAUCCUGUUUCAGAUGACACAUUUUCAUGGUUAUGCUAUUCAAGUGAUCUUAAUGCACAAUCUUCACAUAAGGAUCUGGGGUGUCUUUUGGGUGGGUUUAUUAGUUUAUUUUUUUUACCAUUGAGGGAGACUUCUAUUAUUCUAGAAGCCUCUAAGCUGGAAAUAGGAGCUGAGAAGAAAGAUCAUAGUAGUUGUAUCCUCUCUUGUGUAAAUCCUUAUUUUGGCAUUGGAAUGAAAGAUCUUUGUCUUGUAAACUCUCUUCUUUCUGUUCCAGAAUUGAACCUUUCAUUUUCUCCGACCCAACUUCAAAUGAUGUGUGCAUUUAACAACUUGCUUACCAUAGAAUGUAAACAUGUUAGAAGUGGAAGACUUCUCUGGGGUAUAGCCAGGUGGAAAUUUCGUCAUUCUUUGCCACCUCCUGGAUGUAUAUUUUAUAGUGUGGUUCUAAUUGCAGUACUUUGGCUACGCCUUGUCAAGGAAUAUCUCUAUUUUCUGUUAUUAGUUGGAUACUCUGAACAUGGGGUGCAGAUGCCAAAUGGAGGUAGCUUUCCCCGGCUAGCUGAGCAACAAUGGAAAAUAAUAUCACAAAUAAUUGAGAAGGAACUUCCAGCUGAGGCCAUAGCAAGUGCAAGGCGAGUUGCUCGUUUUAGAGCAGCCUUAAAAGAUUCUCAUGCUGAAGAUACUGUUGUGGCAUGUAUGAGUGGCCGUCACAAUAGCUUCUGGAUUAUCAUCUUGCCACUGGCUUUCAUAUGGGACUCAAUGGUGAAAAUACUUGGAAUCACCGUGUCUGUUUUUCGUCUGCAUAAGAAAUUACCCAAAACCGGUCAACUUAGUAUGACAUCUGAAGUUGCUGAUCCAAGGUAUUGCUUCCAUCUCAGCCUUGGGAAGAUAUUGGCUAUGGUUUCUUUUGAAGAGCCUAGCUAUCCUCCUGCUCAUCAAAAUUCAAAAUUGAGGAAAGUAACUUCUUACACUGAGGCAUCUCCGUUCAUUUUGUUGAUAAAAAGAUUUCUCUUUAUUUAUGAAGAGAGCAUUUCUGAGCAAAAUAUUUCCUUCACUCUGGGAUUUCUUGAGGUUACUUCUACAUCUGUUUUCCAUGAAUCAGAAAACAAAACUAAGCCAAAAAAUGCCGGUGGUAUUUUUAGAGGGCAAUUGAAAGAGAGACUCGAUGGUUCAGAAACCAUUGUUAGGGGAGAACCUGCUCUAACAUGUUGCCAUUCAGAAGAAGGGAAGACUGGUCACGAAGAUAUUCCUAUUCUGGAGCAAAUGUCGGGGGAGAUGGAGCUGAUUUGGAAAAGAAUGCAGUUAAUUUUUGAAGAAUGCAAGGGUGACUAUGACAAAAAUCCAUGGGCCUUUUGCACCAUUCACACAUUUUUGGUGUAUCCAGGCAAAAGCCCAGAUUCUGGGUUCUCGAAAUGUAAUUUGAUGGCCGGAAAGCUAAAUAUCACAUUAGGAUAUGCAUCAAUAUUAUCAUUUGAUAUACUUAGAAAGCAGUUGCAGCAUGCUCUCCAUCAAGAUGAUGGUUUUGAGAGUGUUGUGAUUCCAUUGCAUUCCUUGAGGAUUUCUGAGGAAUCACAGGAAAAUCAAUGUUUUGGGGGGUUGAAAUACAGUUUAAAGGCAAUGAAUGCGGGUAUCCUGAAAUUGCUUCCUGACAAACAUCUAGAAGUGAGCGCUGUCAUUGCUGGUCCUCGUUUCCAGUUAUCUAUGAGAGAUGAGGAUCUUUCAAGUAGUGAUUCACAGCCAAAUGCUACACAUGUUGGAAAAGGGGUUAAUCUAACAAUAGAUGUCCACAAAAUUGAAUUUUCUAUUUGGCCAACUGUAAAGUCUGGGGUUGUACCAAGUGAAGAACAUCAAAGACCAGAUAACUUUGAAUCAGAAUUCUUAAAGUUGGAGGAACAUGUGCUAGAGGGGUUUUCUGGGUCAUUCAACAUUAAGUAUGCUUCAAAAGGACAGAUUACACACUUCUCAUUGUUAAGACUCGGUGGUUUGAGUUUAUACUUUGAGGAUUUGAUGGAUAAUCAUCAGAUGCAAGUCCUAGUAUUGAAGCCGCUGACUGUUAAAUUAUCAUCAUUGAGGGAUCAUCUGUACUCAUUUGCGAAAUCUAAUAUUGCAUCUUCGUUGUCCUUACAUGGUGCCAUGUCGGGAGUGACUGGUUCUCUAUAUAUGGAUGAGCUCUCUGUGAUUUUGCAGGUUGUUGAAAGGUUAUUUUCUGCAGAAUCAACAUCCUCCCUUGGUUGCUCUGGUUUGCAUGCAGUCCAAAAUAAUUUGUUAAUGUUUGAAAAUCAAUCUCCGCCGACAGAACUUAUAAGUGAGCGAAUGCAGAUCGGAGAUAACAAGGAGGCAGCUUCGACCUUUGAAAGUGUUUACUGUUUUAUUAAAGCCAGUUUUGAACUUUUCCCAUUUGAUAUUAUCCUUCAUAACUGCCGAAAUGGAAUUGACAGAAGACACAUUUCAAUGCUCAUUGAUGCUAACAGUAUUCAAAACCUGGGCUUGGCAGACUUGUCUGAUUGUGGAAUUUGGCUUUCCAUUCAGAAGACAUGUCUGGAAGCCUCUGUUGGGGAAGCCAAGGCUAAGGCAAAUGCAAGUUUCCAUGAAUUACAAGCUAUUAUGUUUAGUUACAAAAGUCAGACUGGAAAAGCUGACAAUAGUAAUAAAUCUGAAGUCAAGAACGCAGUUAUACAUUCUGCUGAUUGCAUGCAUGAAGUUUCCCUUUCUAGUUGUACAUUUAAUCUGUUGUUGGAAUCUGUGAAUGGUUCAGGAGUACGGAGAGAAGCUGGUAGUGAAGCAUCUACUAGCAAUCCCAAAGGCGUACUUAGUUCUCUUUUGAAUAUUGAUAAUUUGGAUUCGAAGCAAAUUCACGAUGAAGGUUCUGAGUCUAAUGUAUCAGCUUCAAUGCCAAGUUAUAUGCUGGUAAUAAACAUCACUGUAGAAAAGGUUUUCAUUGCGGCAUGCUCAAUUAAGAAUGGAAUUUUUAGGGCUCACCCGGAGGAUAAGCUGUAUUUAUCACUAUCUGUUGGAGGAGACUUUCAGAGUAUUGUCUUUGGAAUCCAGGGUGGUCAUAUCUUCAUUGAAACUAAGGUUUUGGCGGGGUUUGCGCGCUGUGUAACUUCAUAUCUUCAAUUUAUUAGGAAGCUUAUUAAGCAUUACCUGCAAAGAAAAUCCUCGGGGACAGCUGAAGGGGGCUCAAAUGAUUUGGCUGAAGAGCAUAUUGAGGACUCUGCUCAAACAAGAAGUUCUUUUGUCAAGCUGGAACUCUUGAAAGCAUAUAGUAUUAAGGUGUCACAAUUAUCACUUGUACUUCUAGUGACUGAUGAAACUAGAGUGGUCAAGGAAUUCAUAGGACGAGUUGAUUUGAACUUGAAACUAUGGUCAGAGAAUCUAAAGAAGAAGUUCUUGUUUAAUAUUUCUCAUUUGGAUAUCCUUUCUCUGAUCCUUGAUGAGGGCGUGGGGAAAUCAGUAAAAAACAUUCAAAUGCCACAUUUUUCUUCUGUUGGACUAAGCCGUGAUUCAUCAUGGUUCAAUCAUGAAGAUUCUACUGUGUUGGUUCCAGAUGGGGAGGAGACAUCUUUGUUGUCCAAAGACGCAAGUUUCUCAAGUGCACUUGCUUCUAUGAAAAGCUCUAUUGCUAAUGACUCUGCAUCUCAAGUUAUCCAAUCAAGUGAAACAUAUGGAAAUCAUAUCUUGGAGCGAUUGGCUACUUCUAUAUCAGCUGAGAAACCUAUCUCAGGGGAUAACAGUGGUCCAAAUUGUUCAACUCAAGGAUGGAUUGGCAAAGGUUAUGUUACAGGUUUAAAUCUGACGAUUUCUCUCUCUGAGAUACAGAUGCUUCUGACUACUGUUGAGUCCUUGUCUGAGAUUUCUGGAAACGGUGCUACCACUGAUGUGGAAGAAAGGAGUUGGACAGCAAGCCACCAGGAACCUGAAAUAGAUUUGGAAGCUGCACUGCCUGAUGGUGCUAUUGUUGCGAUCCAAGAUGUCCAUCAGCAUUUGUACGUAACUGUUGAAAAUAUGGAAAACAAAUAUAAAUUAGGCGGUGCAGUUCACUAUUCUCUUGCUGGGAAAAGGGCUCUUUUCAGGGUUAAGUGGCAGAAGCGAAGCAUGUGGAAAUUUUCAACAUCUUGGUUUUCAUUGAUGUCACUGUAUGCUAAGAGUGAUUCAGGGGUUCCUUUGCGCCUAAAUUACUUACAAUCAUCUGGGUUUGUUGACAUCUCCAGCAAUGAUGAUAGUGCAUGUUCACUUUGGAAGAUUGCUCCUUGUAAGCAUGAGAAUUAUGAGGAUGAUGCUGACCUAGAACCUUUAAAUCACAUGUGCAAAAAUACAUUCUAUCUUGUUAACAAGAAGAAUGAUUGUGGUGCUGCUUUUGUUCAUGGUGCUAUAGAGUUUGUGAAAAAGCCUGGAAAUCCAUUCAAGUUCAAAAUUUUUAAUGGCCUUCCUGUGGUUCCUGAUCUGAGGAUGACUGAAACCUGUCCACAUGAAGCACACGGCCUUGCAUUAUUGGAUGGUCAAGAUAUUUCUGAAGAAGCCGGAAUGGCACCUUGCAUAAGUUUGACAAUUGAGAAAAUCUCCUUAAUCAUUGUGCAUGAACUGUCAGAUCCCAGGGACAAAUUACCUCUUCUUCAAGGGUCUAUAGAUGGCACUGAACUUGUUUUUCAGAUACUUCCCCAGAAAACCAGGGUGAUGAGCACAUUAACUGCCAUGCUUUACUAUUUUGAUGUGUAUAGAGUCAUUUGGAGAGAGUUUGUUCAGCCAAUUGAAAUGUGUAUCUACUGGCGAUUAACUACCCCUUCAGAUGUUACAGAAAUAUCAAAUCACGCGAUGCUCUCUCGCCUUUAUUUUAGAAUGCAGGAGCUGGAUUUAUCAUUAACGGAGGUUUUGUUGGACAUGCUACUGUACGUGGUUGGAAAACUGGAUUUGGCUGGCCCAUUCGCUGUUAGAAAUUCUGCUAUAUUGGUCAACUGCUGCAAGGUGGAAAAUCAAUUGGAUCUGGACCUUCUUUUCCAUUUUCACAAUAACCAAUCUGCAAGAGUUGGCAGGAGACAGUCAGCUUUCAUUUCCUUGAGGCACCUAGAGGAGCCUCCCGAGUCAUCCUAUGCAACAAUUUUGCUUGAAAAUCCUGGAAUAUCUUCAACUACUUCAGUUCAUGUACCUCUUUCCGGAACUCAGAUUUUUGCUUGGAGAACACGUAUUACAUCACAAGAUUCACGAACCUGUCCGGGGCCGUUCAUUGUUUUUGAUGUUUCGAAGAAUGCUGAGGAAGGUCUAUCACUUAAUGUGUCCCCUUUACUAAGAAUUCAUAACAAUACUGGAUUUCCAGUGGAGUUGCGCAUCCAAAGGCCUGAAUCAAUGGAAGCUGAAUCUGCAUCGGUGGUGCUCAAAGAGGGGGACACUAUUGAUGAUUGCAUGGCAGCAUUUGAUGCUAUUAGUUUAUCUGGUGGGCCAAAGAAGGCACUGUUGUCUUUGGGUGUUGGUAACUUUGUCUUUUCAUUUCGACCCGAGAUGAAGGAGGAAAACGGGUUAUGGAAAUCUUAUACAGCUGAAUGGUCUGAAAACCUUAAAGGAGAAAAGGCCGUUCGUCUAUCAGGCGUCAUUGAUAAAUUAAGUUACCAAGUUCGAAAAGCUUUCUCUGCUGAAUCUUGGAAGUAUUCCUUUAGCAUUGCUAGCUGUUUAGUGAGAUCUCGAGAUACUCAUUUGGCUCAAAUGCAUUUCCUGGUUCAGAGAAUUGCCAGAAAUGUACCUAUUAUGCAGCCUAAUGGUCGUCGUCAAAGUAAGACAUCAUCAAUUGCUUUGCAGGAGCAAAAGGAGAUUUUUCUUCUUCCAACAGUGACCGUAUCUAAUUUACUUGAGACAGAGAUUGAUGUACUUCUAACUGAGACAGAAACUGCAAUCGAUGGAUUAAAGAACAUUAACCGGGCAACUAUUCAAUCCCGGUCUACUGCUAAUCUGUUUGCCAAUCCUGCUGUUAUAUUCUUCAACAUUACAUUAGCUAUGUUUAGCUGUAGCUGUAAGCCUGUGAACUGCAGUCAAUGGCUCAAAAAGUUGAAUAAGAAGAAUGAUGGUAUUCAAUUUCUAGACAUUGAUCUGGAAUUUUGUGGUGGAACUUUCUUUGCUUGUUUAAGAUUGGCUCGUGGGAAUAGGGGCGUGCUUGAGGCCAUUGUCUUUACACAGUACACAUUGAGAAAUGACACUGAUUUUCUUCUGUUCUGUGCUGCGCCACAUCUGAAACCAUUAUCUAGGGAUGAUGCUGAAAGGCAUGCGAUUACAACUCCUCCUCAAUUUGGGACUCUUUUGCCUCCAAAAUCACCCAGAUCUUGGUUCAUGAAAUCAAGUAAGCUGUGUAUGGAAUUAUUGAAUGAAGAAUUGUCCAAGUCAAUCUUGGAUUUGGAUGCCCUUUCAGGCUUUGCAGAGAUAAGAUUUACCAAGCUUCAAGGAUCUGGGAUCAAAUAUUUGGUCAAGUUGGGGAUCUCUUUGGGGCCAUUAAAGAGUACAUUAGAUGUACCGGCACGAAUGGUCUCUGUUGUUCCUAGAUAUAUAAUAUCCAAUGAAUCAGAUGAUCAGAUUUUUGUCCGACAAUGUUUCUUAGAGGAUGACUUUGGGGAGACAUUAAGUAUCAACAGUAAGCAGAAAACAGCUUUUUUCUUCACGGUUAAAUCCCGUGAUAAGCAGGAUAUCUCCUUUUUCAACAAGCUUCUGCAAAAGCACAAGGUUUCAGACGACGACACAUCAGUUUUUGUGCAGUUUAGUCCAAAUGAAGCUGUGUGGGGAUGGUCAGGUCCAGUUUGUGUGGCUUCACUUGGAUGUUUUUUCCUAAAAUUCAGAGGACAUGCUGCAUCGUCUGUGCAUCAGUUGGAUCUUGUCCCAAAUGAAGAUGGCAUUACUUGGGAGUAUGCAGCUGUUCAUGUGGUUGAGGAGGGUCCCACCUUUGUUUUGCAUUUCUAUAGACCACCAGAUACUGGUUUGCCCUAUCGAAUUGAAAAUAACCUUCAUGAUGCUUCUAUUACUUAUUAUCAGAAGGAUACAUUUCAGCCAGAAACUCUUGCUUCUGGGGCCUGUGUAAGUUAUGUCUGGGAUGACUUGACUCGACCACACAAGCUCAUGGUCAAAGUUAAUGGUACUCAUAUGAUACGUGAAAUCAGCUUAGAUAAACUGCGCUCAUGGAAAUCCUUUUUUCGGGCUCAGAGGCAGAGUGAUCUGGUGUCUCAUCUAACUGGAGAUACCAGAAGUUCUGACAGAAGGAGAACAAAUCCUGCUCAGAUGGAUGGUACUGAUGUGGGCAACGUGGGUUAUGAAGUUUAUGUUGAUGGUCCUACUCGUGUUCUGCGAAUUUCCCACUCACCUGGCAGACGCAAAGCUGAUAAUAAGUAUCAGUCUUGCAAGAAGAUUCAGUUGAGAAUCUCUUAUUUUGCCAUACACUUACUUGAACCCUGCAAGGAGGACCAACUGGAGGAUGUGGAUCCUUAUGAUCUAUCAAAUUACACACCAAUAAUUAUCGGGAGACUAGAGAACAUUAGUAUUGAUUCCAUCAUCAUUGAUCAACGGAAAUACAAUCAGAUAAGGGUACAGUCAAUGCAUUUAGAUGAAAAAUGGGUUGGGGCUCCAUUUGCGGCCAUGCUCAGAAGACAUCUGACAUCCAACAAUGUCACUGAUGACCCUGUUCUCUUUAUUGCCUUUGUCUUAUUUCCUACUACCUCAAGUAUUCGAGAUGUCAAAUACUCGUCUAUUAUUCUGCAGCCAAUUGAUUUAAAUCUUGACGAGGAGACAUUAAUGAAAGUUGUUCCAUUUUGGAGAACAUCUCUCAGCUCAAAUACUCAAAGUCAACAGUAUUACUUUGAUCAUUUUGAGAUCCACCCAAUUAAGAUCACGACAAGCUUUCUCCCAGAGGAUUCAUAUUCAAAUUACAGCUCAGGACAAGAGGCACUGAGGUCUCUGCUGCAUAGUGUCAUCAAGAUCCCGGCCAUUAAGAAUCUUGAGGUAGAACUCAAUGGUAUCUUUGUUACUCAUGCUUUAGUUACAACUCGUGAGCUACUCUUAAGAUGUGCACAACAUUAUUCAUGGUAUGGCAUGCGGGCUAUCUAUAUUGCAAAGGGAAGCCCACUGCUCCCACCAGCUUUCGCAUCAGUCUUUGAUGAUUUGGCAUCCUCCUCUCUGGAUGUAUUCUUUGAUCCUUCCAGUAACUUGUUUAAUGUUCGAGGCCUCACUGUAGGGACGUUUAAGUUAAUCAAAAAGUGCAUUGAAGAUAAAGGUUUUUACGGAACAAAGCGGUAUUUUGGUGAUCUUAGCAAAACUUUGAGAAAUGCAGGAUCCAAUAUACUUUUUGCUGCAGUGACUGAAGUAUCAGACUCUGUACUCAAGGGUGCAGAAAGCAGUGGUUUUAAUGGCAUGGUGACAGGUUUUCAUCAUGGAAUACUGAGAUUAGCUAUGGAACCAUCGUUAUUGGGAACAGCGUUCUUGGAAGGAGGCCCUGAUAGAAGAAUCAAGCUUGAUAGAAGUCCUGGGAUCGAUGAGUUAUAUGUUGAAGGAUAUCUGCAGGCUAUGUUGGAUACAAUAUAUAAGCAGGACUAUUUGAGGGUUAGAGUCAUCGAUGAUCAGGUUAUUCUUAAAAAUCUACCCCCAAACAGUUCACUAAUUGAUGAGAUCAUGGAAAGGGUGAAGGACUUCCUUGCUAGUAAGUCCUUGUUAAAGGGAAACUUUUCAACCAGGUCCCGCCCUCUAAGGCACCUUCGAGGAGAGAAUGAAUGGAAAAUCGGGCCAACUGUUCUGACUCUGUGUGAGCAUCUGUUUGUGAGUUUUGCCAUCCGAAUGCUGAGAAAGCAAACAGACCAAGCCAUGGGAAAACUUAAGUUGAAGAGAAAAUGGGUUAGUCGCAAAGAGAGUGAAUCAUCUACUGGUGACAUUUCCACCUCUAAGGAACCCAAGGGGAAGUUUAUUUGGAGAUGGGGAAUUGGGAAGUUUGUCUUAUCAGCUUUGGUGGCUUAUAUUGAUGGACGAUUGUGUCGCUGUAUACCAAAUCCUGUCGCAAGAAGGAUUGUAAGUGGUUUUUUAUUGAGUUUCCUUGAUAGCACUAACAACUCUAAAUGAUUGAUAAACUUGUACAGUUUCAUUUGGAGAUAGUGCAGGGGUUCAGGUCUUACUAGUUUUAGUCCUACUUGUACAGUGCUUGAAGGAUACUUUGUACGAUGUACGUACAUCAGUUUUGUUCCCUUGAGAAGCAUGUAAAUGAAUUAGCUCAUUACAAAUAUCAAAAAUGCAAAUAAUAUAGAGGGAUAUUGACCCUUUUAACAUUUUUAUACAAAUUUCUCUUUUCAGUAA